GCCUGGGCGGUGCGGCGGCUGGGUCUCCGGGACUGGGUCCGCGGCGCGUAGGGGACCCCGCGGGGCCGCGAGCGGCCAGCGUGUGGUCACGAUGCCUUUCCUGCACGGCUUCCGGAGGAUCAUCUUCGAGUACCAGCCGCUGGUGGAUGCCAUCCUGGGCGCCCUGGGCAUCCUGGACCCCGAGCGGCAGGAGCCCCCGGACGGGCCCAGUUAUGCUGCCAGUGAGGAGAGCCGAAUCCUGGUCCUCACCGAGCUUCUGGAGAAGAAGGCCCACUCCCCCUUCUACCAGGAAGGCGUGAGCAAUGCCCUGCUGAAGAUGGCGGAGCUGGGGCUGAUGCGGGCAGCAGACGUGCUCCUGAGGAAUGGAGCCAACCUCAACUUCGAAGACCCUGUGACCUACUACACUGCCCUGCACAUCGCCGUCCUGAGGAACCAGCCCGACAUGGUGGAGCUGCUGGUCCGCCACGGGGCCGACAUCAACCGGAGGGACCGGAUUCACGAGAGCAGCCCCUUGGACCUGGCCAGCGAGGAGCCUGAGCGCCUGCCCUGCCUGCGGCGCCUCCUGGAGCUGGGCGCAGAUGUCAACGCGGCUGACAAGCAUGGGAAGACGGCUCUGCUUCACGCUCUGGCCAGCAGUGACGGCGUGCAGGUCCACAACACAGACAACAUCCGGCUCCUGCUGGAAGGAGGGGCAGACGUCAAGGCCACCACCAAAGACGGGGACACGGUGUUCACCUGUAUCAUCUUCCUGCUGGGCGAGACCGUGGGCGGGGACAAGGACGAGGUCGGCCUCAUCAACCGCUUCUGCCUGCAAGUCACGCAGCUGCUGCUGGCCCACGGGGCUGACCCCAGCGAGUGUCCAGCCCACGAGUCCCUCACGUACAUCUGCCUCAAGGGCUUCCGGCUGCACCUCCCGCUGCUGCGCUUCCUGCUGGAGUCGGGAGCUGCCUACAACUGCUCGCUGCACGGCGCAGGCUGCUGGUCCGGCUUCCACCUGGUCUUCGAGCGGCUCUGUGCCCCCCUGGGCUGCGCGGAGGAGGAGAGCUGUGGGGAGCUCCUGCGCAAAGCGGAGACUGUGCUGGACCUCAUGGUGACAAACUCCCCAAAGCUGCAGCUGCCGGCCAGCUUUGACAUCCACCCGGUGGGCAGCCUGGCAGGGCAGGUGCAGGCCCUGCAUGCCUCCCUGCGGCAGCUGGAGCGCCACCCGCCACCCCUCAAGCACCUGUGCCGGGUGUCCAUCCGGCUGCACCUGCAGCCCUGGCCUGUGGACACCAAGGUCAAAGCGCUGCCCUUGCCCGAGCGGCUCAAGUGGUAUCUUCUGAGCGCACACAGUGGCGCGGGAGAGGACGACAGCUGACCAGCCUUGGGGUGGCCUGUGCAGCUACAGCGCUGCCAGCAGACUUACGCCGUGCCGGCCUCUUGGGGGCCUGGGUCGGGCCACAUGGCUGCGUCUUCCAGGGCCACUGCUGCCCCUCCCCUACAGCAGCACCCCAGGUUUCAGGCCACACCAGAGGGAGCCAGGUAUUGGGUGCAGGACGGCGCCAGUUGGCUUGUCCUGUGGGGGAGGCACCACUGGGUGGCGCCUAGCCAGGGCCCCUGUCAUCACAGGAUCAGUCACAAAGUGCUUUUGGUGAGCUGGGGAAAGGCAUUAAGGGCCAGGGGCAGGGCCUCCCCAUGCUCAAGGCCAGCCAUAGGCUGGGCCCUUGCCACACCCACCCCCUGGAGCACCAGGCUGUGGCAGGAUCUCUUGUGCAGGCCCAGCCUGGGUCUGGGGGACCAUGCCUUCUAAGAAGCAAUCAUGAGUGUACCAGGACAGGCCUGUCCCAAGGCUGGGCUUUGGAGGGACUCCUUUGGAGCAAGCCAAGCCUGGAAGGGGCCGUGCCACCUGGGCACACCCCCGUUACUUGCAGGUGCCUUUGGGAAUCAGCCAAGGUGACGUAAUGAUAUUUAUAUCAGAAAAUUAAAGUGGUUCUCUGGGCUG